AUGGCUUCGUCAUUUGUCGCGAUUGCUGGCGCCACCGGCAUGCUGGGCCAGCUUGUCGCAAAGGAGCUCACGAAUCGCGGCGUACCCGUGAAGGCCCUCGUCCGCCCCAACACCAGUCCCUCGCGUACCGAAACCCUGAAGGAGAAUGGUGUCUCUGUUGUUCCUGUCGACCUAUCCGACAUUCCAGCCCUCCAGAAAGAGCUCACAGGAGCCAGCUGCGUCGUCUCUACGCUGCAGGGUUUAGCCGACGUCAUCCUGACCGCGCAGGGCAACCUCCUCGAUGCUGCAGCGGCGGCUAAAGUGCCCCGGUUCAUUCCUUCGGACUUCUCCCUCGAUUUCACCAAGACACGGCCGGGAACCAACCGUAACCUGGACCUCCGGCGCCAAUUCCACUCACAGCUCGAUCGGUCGGGGAUUGCCUGGACCAGCAUUCUUAACGGCGGCUUCACGGAUCUACUCGGCGGAGACUCACCCAUGAUCAAUCACAAAAAGGGGAAGGUCAUGUACAUCGGCAGCGCGACGCAGUUACUGGACUUUACCACCGUGGCGGACACGGCCGCGUACACGGCCGCUGUGGCGGCCGAUCCCAAUCCCACACCCCGGUUCCUCCGCAUCGCUGGCGACGUCGUUAGUGUGAAGGACAUCUGCGAGAUCGCGGGGAAUAUAGACGGCAAAUCGUUUCGGCCGUCGUGGAUGGGCACCGUCGGGUUUAUGAACGUCCUCAUCUGGCUUCUGAAGCUGUUUGGAGGCCAAGAUCAGAUCAUGCCAAUUUGGCAGGGCAUGCAAUACAUGGCUAAUAUGUUCUCCGGCGCUGGAAAGCUAGAACCCCUGGAUAAUGACCGUUAUCCCGGGUUGAAGUGGACCAAGGUGAUUGACUUCCUUCGAGAGGAUCGGAAGAAGCAAAGGUAA